GCGGUGGAGUGGAUGUGGAAUCUGUGGAAUUCGUAAUUCGAAUGGUUUUAUCAAAUUUUUCUAAUUAACCAAAGUGGAUAUAACUAAAGGACCUGGAGAGUAAACAACCUUAAACUAUGUCCGGUACGCGCAACAAAAACGUGAGGCCGGAUGAGCUUCAAGCGCUACUGCAGGCCUGUAUCGAUGUCGGGGUCGAAGCAGCUCGACAGGAUGUGGGCCGAACCGGGCAUCUCUUCUACGAUGUUCAACAGCGUAUGUCGCACUACGGAGAUUUCCCCGAGCGUAAGCUCUACAGGCUCCAGAAGUAUUACUAUCGCGUUCAGCGAGAGUUUCUCGCUGGAAAAUUAGACCCGUACCCGCCGGAAGCACGAGUGCUGUGGGGAAAGGCCGAACAUGCAGAUGCAGAUGAUCCCGACAAUGAUGACCGUUGGUCUGCGUUAAUCGAAAGUACAGUGAAACGCAAGCAGUGUCAUUCGUAUGUGUCAUACGAGGAAUUACGGGAAAUUAUUACACUGGCUCGGCAAACAAAUGUAGAAAACCUUCCGAUAGACACGCAUGAUUAUGUGUUCGAAAAAAUGGUUUCCAUGCUGAAAGAGAAAAAAAUGUUUCUUAAUCGGAAUGCAGCAAUGUUAAAGCAAGUUUAUUUCCGACUGCGAAAACGGUUUCUGAAGGGUAAAACUGCUGACUUUCCACCGGAGGCUGCUAAGCUUUGGGCUUCAGAAACGGAAGGAGAAGUCGGUAUUAAAUUUGAAAUUGUAUGUUCGGACAAUGAGAGCGAAUCACUAUCCCAAGUUUUCGAUCUUGAAAUUUCUGCGGAGGUUCCAGAAACAGCAGUGGAUAGUCAUAACGUCUGUAGGAUCUGCCAGGCGCAGCCGCUUUCAGACUGUAAAGAUUUAUUGCAAGAUACGUACAAUAGCCAAACUUAUGGGGAAAUCAUACAGGAAACUAUUCAAGUACAGAUUCUUUGUGACGGCCAAAUAAGCAGUAAAAUAUGUUUGGAAUGCUCCAAAUUCGUCGAAAGUAUGUUGAUCUUUGUUCAGCAAUGUCGGGAGGCAUGUAACAUUUCAAGUUCCUUGAAAUUUGAUGCAUGUUUCGUAGAAGAAGAUUACAUGGCUGAGCAGGGCGCCGAUCACACAGCUGAUACCGCCGUGGAGUACUUGAUUGAAAAAGUAGAGCCCGAAAUUGAUGAAAAUUCGCUAAAUGAACAACAAAGUCCCGCUCCUGCAGACGACUUUUUCAAAGCAGAGCCAGAAGCAAUUCCGGAUUGCACAGAGCAAACAAUGAGCGAUCAGCAGAAAUAUAGCGAAUUUAUUCAGAGCCGACCAUCGAAGCACAGGCAGAAAAAGAAACAGUGCCAUUUUUGCGGCAAAUCCGUACGUGAUCUUGCCAUCCAUCUGACCAGACACGGUGAAGCCAAACUACAGUGUGAAUUUUGUCCCCGAAAGUUUCCCAACAGUAACCAGUUGAGAGUGCACGUUAAUACUCACACGAAGAAGUACAGCUAUCCCUGUCGGGUUGGAAGCUGUGAUCGAGUGUUUUACAAUUGGACUACGCGAAAAAAUCACGAGCAAACGCAUGAUUCCAAAUUUAACUGCAAGGAAUGCGAUGCAUCGUACGCCUACAAAAGCCAGCUGAGUAUCCACGUCCGACAGAAGCACAAAGGAAUCCGACAUUUGGCCUGUCCACAUUGUUCGUUUAGAACAUUUAUCAAAUCCCGGUUGCUGAACCACGUUCGAAGCAUUCACACCAGCGAGCGGCCCUAUCGGUGCACGUACUGCGAGAGUACGUCUAACAGUUCCACUGGCUAUUACAUUCACUUUCAGCGACACAAAAAGAGUGGUGAAGCAAAGGAGUAUUCGAUUCUCUGCGCCUACUGUGGGCUGCAGUUUAGCAAAGAUGUGGCUCUCGAAACGCACAUCUGUCAAGAGCAUCCGGAUGUGGCUGUCGUUAUCUGAGUAAGCAACGAAGUGAGUGAUUGUCUGUUUCAAAUAUAAGCUUAUUCAU